AUGCAGCUGCCUUUCCAGCGAAUUUUGGUCUGCGGAGAGGUCCUCUUCUGCGCUCAAGGCGGGACCAUCCACGCUUUCAAUACCAAGGACCACUCAUAUCUGGGAAAAUGGGAUCAUCCUGAUUCUGCAAAAGAGGCAGAAGCUCAGAAGAACUUUCCAGCGCAGGAGACUCCCAAGCAAGCACCUGAGGAUGCCAAUGAUGCAGAGGAGGCCAUCGAGGAAGGACCACCCUCAAAACGGGUAAAGCUGGACCCCAAAGCCAGCACUUUGGCUGAUACUGCUGCAACCGGGUCGCCAGCUUCAGAGAAUGGGACAGGAGCAGAGAGCACGAACGGGAAAGGAAAGGGUAGGCCCAAAAAGGGAUCGAGAAUGGCCGCCCCUAUACCAUCUGAUCUUCCCUGGAUUGCUAUCCUAGUUGCGACAAGCGAUGGUCGGCAUCUGGUCGCAGUGUCAGGCCAUGACAAGACCAUCUGGACGUUCUCGCACGACGGUUCAGGGAACCUGGUGGAGCUGAGCAAGCGCUCGAUGCCAAAGCGGCCAUGUGCCGUGGCGAUAACCGCCGAUAACCAGACAAUCAUCUCGGGCGACAAGUUCGGUGAUGUUUUUGCCCUGCCGCUCAUCGAGUCCGACACACCCAUUGCUGUAACUACUCUCGUUUCCCGCUCGGAGAAGAGGAAGGCCUCCUUCAAACCCGAGGCAGACGAGACGACCGUCCACUCGAUGCGGAACCUGCGCGCCCUGGCGAACCAGAAACUACACCUGGAACAGCACAAGAAGAACCCGGCCGAAGCCGAAGAUGCAGAUGCCAGCGGGCCGGCGUUCGACCAUGCCCUUCUCCUUGGCCAUGUAUCGAUGCUGACUGCACUUGCCCUGAGCAGUCGUCCGUCCCCUUCCGAUCCCAGCAUCAUCAGGCCUUACAUCAUCACGGGCGACCGGGACGAACACAUUCGUGUCUCGCGUGGCAUUCCGCAGUCCCACGUGAUUGAGAACUUCUGCCUCGGUCACGAGAACUUCGUCAGCGACUUGUGCAUACCGACCGUACAGCCGGAGCGUCUCUUGAUCUCGGGAGGUGGCGACGCUGAUCUUUUCCUGUGGGACUGGCCGAGCGGCAAGGUACUGGAUAGGCAGAACCUGCUUCAGCAUGUGCAGUCGUAUGAUAGCGCGGCAACAACCUUGGCAGUUUCAAAGAUUAUUUCGUUUGACAAGCUCCAGGGUGAAAUGCAGACACAUCACAUGGUGGCUGUGAUUUGCGAACGGCAAACUGUUUUCCUCCCGGCAAACCCGCUUGAUGUUGGCAGCAAAGACGGUGAUCUAAUCAUCGCGUUGGACACGACUUCCGAAACCUCCCGGGUAUCUUCGGAAUAUGGAGAUAUUAUGGGAGCCAACACUUGUCUUGUACAUCUUGGUGAAGAGGGGCAAUGGUUGGUCAAAUCAUUUUCUGUGCAACCUGAUCGAAGCCUCAUGCGCGAUAUUACGAAAGAUGACCUCCACAGGGCAUUAUAUCCAAUCGAGAGCUUGAGGAAAGCUCCCAUCGAGGAACGGGAAGAAGAACCUGAGACUACGGAGAAAACGGACUAG